GUCUUUACUGGCGUCCACGCGACGGUGUUUUGAACUUUCGACAGGCGACUACCUCUAAACUAGUUCAUUAGGUUAAUGUCAUCCACUUGUAUGAUGUCCUUGGAUCACCACUUGCCCGCCAUGAUUGUUCAAAGCCUGUCAGUCAAAGCAUUGCUCCUCCUCUGGAUUCUUUACACAUGCAACAUUUUGGCAUCAUCACAGGAGCUGCAAGAGCCACCCACAAAGAUUGCCGUGAUAGGGGCAGGCAUCGGCGGCACCGCUGCAGCCUUCUACCUGAGACAGGAGUUCGGGCCCGGGGUCAAGAUCGACGUGUUUGAACCCGGUGAUGUCGGCGGGCGUCUGGCGACAGUGAAGAUUGGGAAUCACGAAUAUGAGACGGGAGGUGCCGUGAUCCAUCCCCUCAACCUCCACAUGAAGCAAUUUACUGACAAAUUAGGUCUCUCCACAUGUGAAGAUGUGCCAUCAAAAAUGGCCAUCUUUGAUGGCAGCGAUCUCACGUUUGAAGAGAGCGACUGGUUUAUUGUGAAUUUCUUCCGCAUGCUGUGGCGCUACGGCCUCAACUACCUCCGCAUGCAGAUGUGGGUUGAGAGUGUUUUGGACAAAUUUAUGAGGAUCUACCAGUACCAGCAGUACGGUUACUCCUUCACCAGCGUAGAGAGGCUCUUGCAUGCCAUGGGUGGCGAUGACUUCCUCACCAUGAUUAAUCAGACUCUGGAGGAAACCAUGAUAGCCGAAGGUUUUUCACAGAUCUUCAUCAAUGACGUUGUGGCAUCCAUCACACGUGGCACCUAUGGCCAAAGUGUCCGAAUUAAUGGGUUUGUGGGGUCUGUGUCACUGGCUGGGGCUGAUUCAGGCUUGUGGUCUGUGGAUGGAGGCAAUAAGAAGGUUUGCUCCGGACUUCUUUACCACAGUAAGAGUGAACUCAUCCGAGCUAGAGUGGCCACCAUUUCAUUUAAAGCUCGGCCAUCAAAGAAAGGCCCCUCCAGCAGCUUCUAUGAGAUAAGUUACGUGGACGACACAGGCGCAGGUCACUCGCUAUAUGACAUUGUCGUCAUAGCAACGCCACUUCACCAGGGCAAGUCUGAUAUCACGUUCUCAGGCUUCUCUCCGGCCAUCCCAUCUCAGUUCUCGGGUAGCUACCAUCAGGUGUUCUCCACUCUGAUCCACGGCGUUCUCAACACUUCUUACCUUGGGAUUAAACGCCCGGCUUCAGAGUUCACCGUGUCUGAAGUGCUCACUACAGACUGCAAAGGGAGCGCCAUUUACAGUCUGAUGUCCGUCGACCCAGUGCACAUCCCGGCGAGAUACAGCCGACCUCCCGCCAGUCACAGCCAAGUAUGGAAAGUGUUUUCUCCUCAAUCGCUGGUCCAGGAGGAGCUCCAACGUAUGUUCCUGUCCUGGGACUCUGUAUCAGAGACCCAGUGGCUGGCCUAUCCGGCCUACCGCACCCCGAUCCGCCACACCCCGCCCUUCAUCCUUCACAGCCGGCUGUACUACCUCAACGCAGUGGAAUGGGCGGCCAGCGCCAUGGAGAUGAGCGCCAUCUCUGCCAGGAACGCGGCCCUGCUAGCGCACCACCGCUGGUACGGUCAGACGGGCAGGGUCGACCAGGAAGACCUGCACACGCGUCUACGAGGUGAGCUCUGAAGGACACUGACCGUUAUUUGAGCCGGGUUAUUCAAUUGGUAGGCGUCUUUUACUGUAGGUCUAACUUAUGCCUCUUUACAACUCCACCAAGUAGCCUUACAUGCCGUGAAGGCAGCAUUCGACCCGAUUUUAAACACAUUCAUGCUUUCACAACAAGCUCUUGCCAAACCUUUUGUUGUUUCAUAUUUUUCACAGAGGAAAUAUUGGAAAGAGAAAUCAUCUGUUCCAGGAUCAUAAAAUCUUGAUUAACCUUUAUCGACUGUUCAAGCAAUGUUUUAACUUUAACUGGCAUACAAGUACGACCAGUCCAGGGUGUACCCUGGCAGCUGGGAUAGACUCCAGCAUACCCCUCGCGACCAUAGUGAGGAUAAGCGACAUAGAAAAUGGAUGGAUGUGAUACAAGUAAGUAUAAUAAGAUAACACAAAACUAAACUUGAAUAAAACGACUGAUUUUUUUGGUAAUAAGUGAGGAGAGGGGACUCGUCAAGGUGAAAAAAAAAUAUGCCAUGCGUUGCGCUUUUUAUCAUAACUGUUCUGCAAGUAUAAUACAAAGUUAAAUGCUGUUUAAUGGGAUUCAAUUCAACGAAAUAGAAUAAAAUUGCUCACCUGAUUACAAUUUUUGAAGACUUUCAUGCAUCGCGCUUUGUCACAAAAGACUAAAUAAAUUACCCACCCUAAGAAUUUUCUAUAUCUUACAUUUUUAACUAUCAUACACGUGUAAAAAUAAGUUAACAGGUGUUCAGGAAACGUGACUGAUUCUGCGUGUGUGUGUGAGCCUCUUCAAGUUAACACUAACACUAUUCUUCUCGUAUUAGUGAUGUCCCUUCAACCAUAUUAUUACUGUGGCCGUACCGCUCUUUAUUGUCAUUACUGAUUCUAUUAUUGUUUUGCGGUUCUCUGUCAUGGAGUUAAUCCUUUUUAAAUGGUGGUUCUCAAGUACUUUGCUUUGCAGGACCCCACCAUCACCCUGCAGGGGAAUAAAUUACAUUUACUUAUUUCAAUUUUAAAUGUAAACAGACCAUUUCAAAAGGUUAAGCGGCUACCUGGAGGGCGCUAACUUCCUGCUCCAGGCAUGUAAGCUGCGUUCCAUUGCUAAGCGGUGGAAUUUUGAGCCAGUCCCUUUUUAAAUAAAAGACAUUAAAGUGCAGUUUGAAUUUGAGGUAGGAAAAAGCUGUACCAGCACUAAAUACGCUUAUUAUCCACAAAUUAAUAAUCAAUUUUGGGGGAGAAAAGUGUGUGUGAAGGUUUUCAGCACGUCCAAAAUAGUACGACAUAAGUUGUGUUGGACUUUAGAGGUUCCACCGUUCAUGCGACAGUGGAACACACUCUUGGAACGUUGCCUCGAAUGAAGUGCCAAUCCCGCCAUUACUCAUACAGCAGCCAACCGGUGGAACCACAAUGGAUUGAGAUGAAAACAAGUGCCACCGUUUGAAGUGUUCCACAUAACCAUGUAGUACUGCUUGCACACUCGGGACACUUCAUUAGGUAUGCUAAAUACUAGCGAAUGCUGCCUUCACACAGAUAGUAAAAAUACUGUUUAAUCCUGCCAAGAAAAUCAAUUAACUAUCAGGUACCAUCAUAUAGAGAACAUGUGUCACGUUAAAAACAAAACCCCAAUACCUAUUUUGAAAGAACAAUUUCUUAAAGCACUUUUUAACAUUUUAAGAUGGGUUAACUGCACUAAAUCAAUAAGCCAUCAAAGAGUCGGGUUAUCAAAUUUGAAAGCACACUGUACGUUUCUUGAAAAUGUUUACAAUUAAGUGACUUCUACUGUAAUUAGUUUUAAUACUAAUUUAAAAUGUUGUACUUAUAACUGUGAGAUAAGUUGAGCGAUUGUGUGCCUGAGUGGCCUUGUGACCCAUCAGUCAUAAGCCAAGUGAAAUCAGAAUUUCUUAUUAAAAAAAAAAAGGAAAUAAACAUUGUACUCACUCAUAA